GACUACGAAAGGAAAUUUCCAGAAGAUAAACGGUACGAGGAGCUGGGACCGGCUGCCAGAGUAUGGAGAACAUACCUCGAAGAGUGCGCUACAUUUGACGUCCAGAUGGUGUCAGAAUGGAGGGAUGGAUUAGAUGUUUUGCUGAUUUUUGCUGGUCUUUUCUCUGCUGUGGUUACUACGUUCGUUGCCCAGACCUCGCAGAGCCUUCAGCUUGACUACGGUCAAGUUACUGCAUCACUCUUGUUCGAGUUCAUCAAUGUCCAGCGCGCGGCGACCAACGGUUCCCUCGUGAACGAGGUUCCUCGCUCUGGCCUUACCCCAUUCUCAAACUUUCGGCCCGCGGCAUCUGAUGCUUGGGUAAAUGGCCUGUGGUUCACUAGCCUCUCGUUUAGUCUCGCUACUGCACUCUUCGUUGUCCUUACGAAGCAGUGGAUCCACCAAUAUAUGACAGUUCCAUCAGGGACACCUCGGGACAGAUGUCGGGUGCGGCAAUUUCGGUACAUGGGACUGCAGAAGUGGGGCGUGCGUUUCAUCAUUGGAUUAUUACCCGUACUCUUGAGCGUAUCGCUUGGCGUAUUUCUCGUAGGUUUGGUUCUCUAUCUAGCCCCA